AGGAGAGGCGGGUGCCGGAGAGCCUGCAGUCUCACUGUGUGUACGACACCGGCAACAUGAAGUCUUUGCUAAUCUUGGUGCUUUGCUUCCUGCCCAUGGCUGCUCUGGGGAAAGUCUUUGGACGAUGUGAGCUGGCAGCAGCUAUGAAGCGUCAUGGACUCGAUAACUAUCGAGGAUACAGCCUGGGAAACUGGGUGUGUGCUGCAAAAUUCGAGAGCAACUUCAACUCACAGGCUACAAACCGUAACACUGAUGGAAGUACCGACUAUGGAGUUCUACAGAUCAACAGCCGCUGGUGGUGCAACGACGGCAGGACCCCAGGGUCCAGGAACCUGUGCAAUAUCCCAUGCUCAGCGCUGCAGAGCUCAGAUAUAACAGCGACCGCGAACUGCGCGAAGAAGAUCGUCAGCGAUGGAAACGGCAUGAACGCAUGGGUCGCCUGGCGCAAACACUGCAAGGGCACCGACGUCCGCGUGUGGAUCAAAGGCUGCCGGCUGUGAGGAGCUGCGCCCAGCCCGCCCGCCGCGCAGCCAGCCUCUUUGCUACCGCGACGCUCUCCGCUUGACAGUUUUAAACGCAUUCUUCAUUAAAACAACCGCCUGCAAACGCC